UCCUCUGGGUCGGGAGCCAUUAGCCGCACGCUGCAUGGACGGUCUGGAGCUCCGCGGGCUGCUGUGACCGGGACACCCCCUGCACCCCGCCCUCCAGCUGCACCGCCGGGCUCAGCCCCCGGGGCUGCUCACACAGGACGAGCGCGGCCGCCGACGAGACCCGGAGGAUUUAAAUGCUGAGAGUUUGAAUCCAGUUGCACUAAUGUCUGACGGAAGCCUCCCUGUUCGAAGAAUUGGCACCAGAGCGGCGGUACGGCAAGAGGCCUCUAACAUGGCGGAAUCUGAUGCUUCUUCCAGCUCUGAACCGGCACCUUCCACCCCCCAGAAGCUCGACAACUCUCCAAAGUUGGAACCUUUACUGGAACCCAAACCGGAGCCGAUGGAUACGUCGCCUCCUGCGAGCACAGACCAGCCGCUGUCCAUCAUGCAGACCGCCCCCAUCCUCACCACCGUACAACUCAAGGACACGGUGCUUCUGCCGCCGCUCGGGACCGGCCUCUACACCGGACGGAAACGGAAAGCCAAUUUCUCCAAUGAAGAGACGGAGACGCUGGUCAGGGACGUGGUCCAACAUUUCAGUGCCCUGUACGGGUCCGAGGCGCUGCGCACAGAGUCCACCCGCCGGAACCAGCGCCGCAGCCAGCUCUGGACCCAGAUACAGAAAAACGUCAACGAACUGGGGUACACGCCGCGCAGCAUCGACGACCUGAAGCACAAAUGGCGCGACCUGCGCUUGGAAGUCAAAAGGAAGAUCACCCAUCGGAGGACGGGCACCAAGGAGACCCCCACUCCUGUAGGGACCCCCGUUAUUGACACUAAGCUCAGCCAACUAGAGGACCUGGUGGCCUCGACGAUAGGACACCACUGCACGCUGGACGGGGAGCAGGAGGGCAUGUACAUGGAGCCUGGGGUACCGCGACAAUCCAUAUUCUUCUCAUGCAGAGGAGGGAUCGGGGACUUGAGCAGCGACAGGGGUUGCGACAGGAUGGGCACCACCGCAAGUCCGAGGCCCACGCCGGAGAUGUCGGUCGCGUCCCCUCUGGUUAGCGCAUCCCCCGCUCAGCUCUCUUUUGUCCGGGUAACAGAAGACCUAGAGAACGGCGAGCGCGAGAAGGAUGUCGCCCCAGGUGUCCCGCUCAAGACCUUCCCCGACACCUGGUCGGCCAUGAAGGAGGUGUGCACGCUGGUGACCACCCAGAACCUGAUCCCAGCUCAGCAGACCAUCGUCACAGCCCCACCGGAGAUCCUGACCGUCAAGCAGGAAGUUCUGACCACCAAGCCUGUCUUGGCUCCAGCGCGUUGCGAGUCUCAGAACUCAAUUGUCUCGUCCCCGGAAGGGUCCCUCGGUAAUCCAGCCGGGCAAACUGAACAGAAUGCCGGGGGAAGUGACUGUGACAACAGCAGCAGCAGCCCGGCCAUGUCUGUGGUCAAGACAGAUGGGGAGACGGUGCAACUGAAGGUGGAGAGUGAAGGAGGAGACAGUCAGGAUGCAGGGAAGGAUUCUCCGGAACAAGAUGACGACAGGGGCAACUGGCAAGAGAAUCAGGAUGAGUGGGAGAGACAAUCCCAUUCCCCGCAGCUCAGCGACAACGCCCAGGACGACUCCAUGCCCUCUUCAUCUUCCCAGGACGGGGACCCUUCUUCAGGAGGCGAGCUCCCCCCAAACGGAGACUGUUCCUUUGACCCAGACGACCGUAAAGCUCCAUGUAAAUCGAAUAUGAGUCGGCUGCUUGAGUUGGAGGAGCAGUGGGACCGGUUAUACCACCGCGAGCUGGGACUAUGGGAGGAAGAGCGGAUGCAGCAACAGCAGCAACGCAACCAAGACAGGGAGCUGCAGCAGCAACUGCUCGGCGUGCUGACGGACAUUCGAGACGAACUGCGCCAGCUCAGGCAGGAGAGGGCCGUCACCCGGCAGAACCAGGCGGCCGCCACCGCCAAUGGCUCCCUCUCGGUAACAGACACUUCUACUAUAGCAGCCACCAAACCUAAUACCGAAACUCCCACGGUGGCAGAGACCCCAACAAAAAGUACUCCCGUUAUUGCAAGGCGUAGGGGGAGGCCCCGCCUCAUCAAGCCGACACCAGAGCCCGCCCGCCCCAUCCGACCGCAACCAGGUGCUUCUACCAAAAGCUGAGCUUUGUCCCAUCCUGGACCUCAGCAACUAUGCUAGCUCAAACUGUAUAAUGCACUGGCUACAAAGAGGUUAACCCCCCCUCCAUGCAAUAGUUGGAGUAGUAGUCCACACUGGACACGGAAACAUCAGUCUGUUUUUAUUUUUUAUUUUUUUUGCUAGGCUUUGACAGCAAGGAAGUUUCUAGACGCGGAGGGAGCUGCCAGUUUACGGGUCCAGCUCCGCAGGGUAUAAGGGGGGUGGGGGGGUCCCGACCGCUAGAUGUCUGUAUAUAAAUGUAUUUUUUUAUAACCCAGGCCUUAAAAUGAUCCAUGCACCUGCAUUCCAAGCAUUUGUCUUCUGCCCGGGGGUAGAGCCCUAUCCCUGCAUCGUUUCCCAGCGUCAUAUAGCAGUAUACAGGAAAGGUUUUUCACGUUUAUUUUUUCACGUUUUUCCGUUCAUGACGUAGAGGAAUUGAAUGCAGAUUUUUGGGAUUGUAGCAGCAGUAGAAGUCACUGUAUUGUACAAAGCGGUCAGGUUAGAGGAGGAGGAAGAGUCUCCUAGGAGGAUUAUUUUUUUUUUUAUUUAAAAACUUUUAUUUUAAAAGAUGAAAAACAUUUAUAGUUUUCUAUAAUGAACUUCCCUUAGAGUAAGAUUUUUUGCAACGCAGAGGACGUCCCCGUGGGACCCUGUGACUCGAUCCCGACACCCGGGAGCAUGAAAGAUAAGAGGGGCGAGUUUUAGCGGACGAGGAGGGGUUUGAUUCUCGCUGUACCCACCCCCCCUGUGCUCAUCCGAUGAUUGGACCUUUUAAUCUUUUCAUG